AUCCCUCUCUUUCUGCAACCUACCCACCACCCGGCGCAGACGUUGCCUUCCGCCGCCAUCCUCCAUCCAAGACAGCGAGCUGCAAACCCGCAGGUAAACAUGAGCUUCACAGUGGAAGAGAGAGGAGCCCCCAACUCCCUGAGCUACCGCCUGUUCUUCAAAAAUGCAGACGGAAAGUACAUCUCACCAUUCCAUGACAUAUCCAUAUUUGCUGAUGAGAGUCAGAACAUCUUUCACAUGGUUGUUGAAGUACCAAGGUGGACAAAUGCAAAGAUGGAGAUUGCUACAAAAGACCUCUUAAACCCAAUAAAGCAAGAUGUUAAGAAGGGCAAGUUGCGGUAUGUUGCCAAUGUUUUUCCACAUAAAGGCUACAUAUGGAACUAUGGAGCCAUUCCUCAGACAUGGGAAGAUCCGGCACACAAAGAUGGAGACACUGGCUGCUGUGGUGACAAUGACCCCAUCGAUGUCUGUGAAAUCGGCAGCAAGGUGUGCUCCCGUGGGGAGGUAAUCAAAGUGAAGGUGCUCGGGAUCCUAGCCAUGAUCGAUGAGGGUGAGACUGAUUGGAAAGUGAUUGCAAUCAAUGUAGAGGACCCCGAAGCCAACAACUUGAACAACAUCAGUGAUGUCCAGCGCCUGAAACCUGGCUACCUGGAGGCAACGGUCGACUGGUUCAGGAGGUACAAAGUGCCAGAUGGGAAAUCAGAGAACCGGUUUGCUUUCAAUGAGGAGUUGAAAGAUAAGGACUUUGCCAUUGACGUAAUCAAGAGCACUCACAACUUCUGGAAAGCCCUUAUUUCCCAACAGACCAAUGCUGGUGAACUGAACUGCAAAAACACGUGUGUCUCGGCUAGCGACAGCUCUUACUGCUGCUCAGCGGAUGAGGCUAAAGCUGUUGUUGAAACAUGUCCUUGUGGAAAAGAGGAACCUAUCCCCUCAUCAGUGGAUAAAUGGUUCUACUAUGAGAGGAAGUAAUCCAGGAGCUUUUUGGAUUGGAGCAGAGUGAAAGGCUCAUCUCUUAUAGGAUUUCUUGAAGAUGGUUUUAUAUUAGGAACAAGUGGGAUGGCAGGAUGGGAUAUGAAUUCUUGGGUCUGGGUUGGCGGUUUUCCUGUAGAUGGCGAGAUAAUGGUUAGAUUCUGUAGAGAAAGCGAGUAGUCGAAAAAUUACUAAUGUGUUGACCAAUGAAUUUUCACUUAUUUAACAAAGAUCUCUUUGGAGAUGUGCUGUCAUGAACAAAACUACAGGUGCUGUGCUUAGUAGGUACUUGUGCCCUGUAAUGAGACUUGAAAUGCUUUAAUAAAGCUUAUCUGGUUAAAUUAUCAA